AAAUAUAUUACUCAUACGCUCCCAUUAACCAAAGGGGAAAGAUGAGCAAGAGAGAGAGAGAGUGUGAUGGUACCUAAAAUUCCACCAGGGCAUUUCAUUCGUAUCGGACAAAUUCGUCGCGCCGGCGCCGUAUCUUUCCGUAUUUUUGGAAAACUUUUCCAAAUCAAACUAGAACCAUCUCCUGCUAAUUCAAUACUCAAAAUACAGUAACCGGGGGGUAAUUAGAGCCUUGCGACACAAACCAAAAUGAAUCACAUAGUAAUAUACCAGGAGAUUAGCAUGUAUUCGCGCAUGUGGCGCAAAAACUUUAAGGCAGAGCUAGAAGAGAUCGAGCUGGAAGUCUGAACGUGAAUGAGAGAGCGUCGUGCGAUUCCUCCAGACUUGCGUCAUAACUGGCGUCUGGUUCGGGCCCAAAAAAACAACGAAACACAAAACAUUUCAUUUUCACAUUUGGGUGCGAAUCAGUGGGCCUUUUUGUGUAUAAAUAAAAGGUUCUUUGCAACUGAUGAACACAGAACUACAGAGACAUUCGUCGAAGCAACAAACCUGCAAACCCAACAAAAAAAGGAUAACCUACAAUACUAAAAAUUAAUAUAAUUUAACAUGAAUUUGAUGGUAAGAUGGUCAAUAAACAUUACAAUAAAUUUUCUCUCAUUUUACGCCUCCAUUCAACAGAAUCUAUACACUUGGAUCUGCUUUCUGCUUACCAUCAUUAUUUGCAAAAUAUCACAGAGUUUGGCAAAGCCCACCUAUGCCUAUGAUUUGGAUAGUAGCUAUGAGACUUAUGACACGGAUCGCUAUGAUAACGGAGACAAUUCAUACUCACUGACCUACGGCAAGCCAUUGACAGAGGAUCGUCUAAAGAAACUUAACCCUGGAUACUAUUAUGUCGAUGAUGGCUAUAUUGCUCCAGUUUAUGGCAGUACAAGCACAAAUCAACGUCGUCAUGACCCGACAUAUUCCGAUGAUUCUACAUCUGGAUUGCCAAAUAAUGUGAGAUUUACUCCAAUUGUGCGCUACAAACAGACCCGCACCAAGCGCAAGAAGUUGUUUGUGCCCAACUUCUUUGGUUAAACCCUUGACCAUGGCUUGAUCUUUAAUUAGACCUGGGCUCGAUUUGGGGGCCUGAGAGUACAGACUGAUGAUGUUUGUUAUUGCCUAGUAUUAGUUUUGGUUGCUACACCAAAGAAGUACCUUAAUAUUUUAUAAUAAUUAUAUUAUAUAAAAAACUAAAUAUAUAUACAC